CAGGAAUCACAAAAUCCUCCAAGGCAAGCCACAUCAUGUGACACGGUUCUUAGCUUUGGCUCAAGUGGGAAAUCCAGACAAGAAGAAAAGAUACCUGUAUGCAUUCUCUGUCACACCCAUGAGCUCCAUGGACGAGAAAGAGCUGACUCAGCAACCACCCACUGCCACCAACUGUCCCUACACUGAACUAGUCAAAUCUUUGAGGGAGUCUCAAGAGGAGGCUGCAUGGGCCUAACUUCUUCUUUGAUCAGAGAGCUCUUGAUUCAGCUCAUCGCAAACAAAAGAGACAAGAGGACGGAGGACCCCCUGCAAAGAGAUGACCCCCUCCCCAGCCCAUGGGGCUGUGCUGGUUCUGUCUGGGGGACAAGGAGGUGGAGAAACAUCUCGUGGUCUCCAUCGGAGAUCAUACGUACCUGGCUUUAUCCAAGGGUGGGAUGGUACCGGAGCAUGUGCUGGUCCUACCCAUCGGUCACUAUAUGCAGCCUCCACUGACGCACCACCAGAGGUUUUGGAGGAGCUUGGAAAGUUUAAGAGUGCUCUGAGGAAGUACUUCAACAGCAAAGAUCAGUCGUGUGUCAUCUUUGAGAGAAACUACAAAUCACAGCAUCUUCAACUACAGGUUAUUCCAGUGACCAAGAUUCUAUCUGAUGCUCUGAGACAAGCCCUCAUAGAUUAUGGGCGGAGUAUGGGGGUGUGGCUUGAGACUGUGCCCAGGGAAACACCACCCUCAGAGCUUGCGUACACUGGUGUCCCAUACUUCCUGGCAGAGUUUAAUGAUGGGAAAAAUGUGUUCACAAGACCAUUUUCUCACCAACUUACGCAGACAAACAACCAGAUCACUGAAUAUAGGUUAUAGUAUGUUUCUACUACUUUGAGCUCAUGAGGUAAACAGCACUCUCAAGUGAGUAGGUAAGAACAUAUCCGUGAGUCUCGUCACACCGACAA